UGCGUGGAGGUGGGCGUGUCCUCGCGACUCUGACUGACGCUUACCUGGGUCACUGUGAUCUAUCCGAGUGGUCGACAGUGCGCUUCGACGGAAGUGGACACGAAGAAUAAGGUGCACGUCUCCAUGGCUUCACCUCUGAAAUCGGGAUUCCACAGACUAGAGAUCCAGAAAACUACAUGGGAUGUCCCUGACCGAUACAUCUCACUCAAGCCCGUUGGCUCUGGAGCCUAUGGGACUGUAUGUUCUGCGAACGACCAGAAAACAAAGGAAAGGGUCGCCAUUAAAAAACUUUACAGACCAUUCCAGUCUCUGAUCCAUGCUAAACGUGCCUACAGAGAACUCCGGCUGCUCCGUCACAUCCAACACGACAAUGUGAUCUGCCUCCUUAAUGUCUUCACCCCUCAUGCCUCGCUGGAGAAAUUUGAUACUUUGUGA